AUGUUUUAUAAGGCUUUUUCGGAUAAAAAGUGUAGUCCCUCUCCUUUACGUAGAUGUUCCCAUUAUCAGAUUCCAAAUACAUAUAUUUAAAAUAUAAGGUAACCCUAAGAGAAAUUAUUUGAAACAAUAGAGAAAUAGAGAUCAUUAAGUGAUGAGUAACAGGAAAUCUAAAAGUUGUAGUAGGUUAUUGAGUAAUUGAAGGAUGAAAAUAACAAAUUACGUUUAGGAUUACAACAAUAAAAUCUAAAAUUUUUAUAUGAAACUUAACAGUUAAGUUAGCAGAUUACGAAUAUGCAAUCAGAGUAAUAAUAAAUAAAAUAGGCAUUAAUCGAUCGAAAUAAUGAAAAGAAUAAGAUGAUUCAAUAUAUUGAUGAACUUUCUAACUAGCAUUAGAAUCUACAAAUCUUAUACUAAGAUGCUUAUUUGCAACUUUAGUAGGCUGAGAUAUAUUCAAAUUAAAUAAUGUUAUUGGAGAAAGAAUUGAAAGGAAAAGCAGAUGAAAUUGAAAUAUUGAAAAAUGAACUACAAAUUACUACUAAUUUCAAUAUUGAAUCGAAAGAUAAUCAAAAAAUAUAUGAUUUUCUUAAAAAUGUUAAACAAUAAAAUGCUGAUGGUGAAUGCAGAUCAUUAUACUUAUGUGAUUGA